GUGAACAACGCUUGUGCUACAGGCUCCACAGCUUUGUACAUGGCCAAGAACCUCAUUGCUGGAGGCAUAGCUGACUGUGUCAUGGCCCUUGGGUUUGAGAAAAUGGAGAGGGGCCCACUGACAGGAAAGUAUACGGAUCGGACAAGUCCGAUGGACAAGCAUGUUCAGGUGAUGAUUGAAGGACACGGUAUAGAGAAGGUUCCUCUGACUCCCCAGAUAUUUGGUAAUGCCGGCAGAGAACACAUGGAGAAAUAUGGGACAAAACCAGAACAUUUUGCUAAAAUUGCUUGGAAGAACCACAAACAUUCGGUCAAUAAUCCGUAUUCCCAGUUUCAGACAGAAUACAGCUUUGAGCAGAUUCAGCAGUCACCAUUGAUUUACUUUCCCUUAACAAAGUUGCAGUGUUGUCCUACGUCUGAUGGAGCAGGCUGUGCUGUCUUGGCCAGUGAAGAGUUUGUCAAGAAGAAUGGCUUGGAAGCUCAGGCGGUGGAGAUUCUUGCUAUGGAGCUAGGAACUGAUGAGCCUAGUGUCUUUGCUGAGGCCAGCUGCAUCAAAAUGAUUGGCUUUGACAUGGCUGCAAAAACUGCCCAGAAAGUCUUUCAGAAAGCAGGACUGAAGCCAUCCGAUGUGCAAGUUAUUGAGUUGCAUGACUGUUUCUCCUGCAAUGAGCUGCUCACAUAUGAAGCUUUAGGACUGUGUGGCGUUGGUGAAGCUGGUGCAUUUAUUGACCGAGGGGACAACACCUAUGGGGGGAAGUUUGUGGUGAAUCCAAGUGGUGGGCUUAUUUCUAAAGGACAUCCAUUGGGAGCCACAGGAUUAGCCCAGUGCGCUGAACUCUGCUGGCAACUGAGAGGGAUGGCAGGAAAAAGACAGGUCCAAAAUGCCCAGGUUGCUCUUCAGCAUAAUCUCGGCUUGGGGGGUGCCGUUGUUGUUUCUUUGUACAGACUUGGGUUCCCAGAAACCAGGACAGCAUCGAGACAGUUGCAGGCGGCUGCUGCCAGUUCAACUACAGUAAAGGAUUUCAAAUCAUCCAGCGUGUUUUCUGAAAUUGAAAAGUCCUUACAGAAGGAUGGCGCCAGUAUUGUGAAGAAGGUCAAUGGAGUCUUCUGCUUCAAGGUCAAGGGACCGUCCGACCAAGAGGGUGUCUGGGUAGUGGACGUCAAGAACGGAAGUGGAUCCGUUAAAUUUAAUUCCAGUGAUAAAGCGGACACAACAAUCACUAUCAGUGAUGGAGACCUGUACGACUUGAUGACUGGAAAACUGAACCCCCAAACUGCAUUUUUCCAAGGCAAGCUGAAGAUAGCUGGCAACAUGGGAUUGGCCCUGAAGCUAAAAGAUAUCCAGCCCAAAUCCGGGUCCAAACUUUGA